ACGCUCGCUAUCCACCAGGAGGUUUUCGGGACAGGAGAAUCGGCGGGAGGUUCUAGAAGUUUCCAGUUAUAGUGGUGGGCGUUCGCUCGCCGUCGACGGUGAUGGCCGUCCUUGAGAGGUCGUCGUCCACCGCCGCGGUUGCCGUCGCGGCCCUGAUCGCGCUCGCGUCCGUGGCCGCCGUCGCCGGCGAGGUCUUCUUCCAGGAGAAGUUCGACGAUGGGUGGGAGGAUCGGUGGGUCAAGUCCGACUGGAAAAAGGAUGACAGCACGGCUGGCGAGUGGAACCACACGUCUGGUAAAUGGAAUGGAGACGCCGACGACAAAGGUAUCCAGACCUCUGAAGACUACAGGUUCUACGCCAUUUCAGCGCAGUACCCCGAGUUCAGCAACAAGGACAAGACCCUGGUGCUGCAGUUCUCGGUGAAGCACGAGCAGAAGCUCGACUGCGGUGGUGGCUAUGUGAAAUUGCUUGGUGGUGAUGUCGACCAGAAGAAGUUUGGUGGUGACACUCCAUACAGCAUCAUGUUUGGGCCGGAUAUCUGUGGGUAUGCCACCAAGAAGGUCCAUGCUAUCCUUACUAGGAACGGCAAGAACCAUUUGAUCAAGAAGGAGGUGCCAUGUGAGACCGAUCAGCUGACACAUGUUUAUACUCUGAUCAUCCGUCCUGAUGCCACAUACAGCAUUCUCAUUGAUAACGCUGAGAAGCAAUCCGGCAGCAUCUAUGAUGAUUGGGAUAUUCUUCCUCCCAAGCAGAUCAAAGAUCCUGAAGCCAAGAAGCCAGAAGACUGGGAUGACAAAGAAUACAUUCCGGAUCCUGAGGACAAGAAGCCAGAGGGUUAUGAUGAUAUUCCCAAGGAAAUUCCUGACCCUGAUGCAAAGAAGCCAGAGGACUGGGAUGAUGAGGAAGAUGGUGAAUGGACAGCCUCAACCAUUCCUAACCCUGAGUACAAAGGACCAUGGAAGCAAAAGAAAAUUAAGAACCCUGACUACAAGGGCAAGUGGAAGGCUCCUUUGAUUGACAACCCAGAUUACAAGGAUGAUCCUUACAUCUACGCUUUUGACAGUUUGAAGCACAUUGGCAUUGAGCUGUGGCAGGUUAAAUCAGGAACUUUGUUCGACAACAUUCUGAUCACUGAUGACCCUGAGUACGCGAAGAAGUUUGCGGAGGAGACCUGGGGCAAGCACAAAGAUGCUGAGAAGGCUGCCUUUGACGAGGUUGAGAAAAAGAGGCUUGAGGAGGAAUCUGCAAGCACUAAGGACGAAGACGAUGCGGAUGAGGAUGAGGAUGAAGCGGACGAUGACAAGGCUGACACCGCCGCUGAGGAGGCCAAGGACUCUGCUGAUGCGAAACCAGAGGACGGCAAGGUCGCUGCUGAUGAGAAGCGGACGGAGGACAGCAAGGAUGCUUCUGCUGAGGAGAAGAAACAUGACGAGCUCUAGAGUGUGCGGAUGAAGAGCAGAAGAGGCGAACACAGGCUCUCAAAUUCCCUGUUCCGGUCUCAGCUGGAGUUUUUACUGCCUUACUGGUAGUGGUAGGGUUACCAUCCGAAUAGAAGAAAGCCAUGCGUCUCGACAUGGCGAGGUAGUCCGUCCCUGUACAAUGCUAGAGAACGAAAGAAACAAAUUCGGCAAUGGCCAUUUUGGUGUCUUUUCCCUCCAUGUGAGGAGUAGGCAGACAUCGAGCAACAAAGUUUUCGUCAGUAUCGGAUAUCCUUUGCUCGUCCUCUUUAA